GCGGGGCAGCGCUGCGGGCGAGCCCCCCGGCAUGCGCAGCAACCUGCUGCUGCCCUACGAGGAGGCCGGGGGGACGCGCGUCCUGCUGGCCGGCUGGACCCAGAAGGAUGGCACCUGCGAGGUGUGGGAGCAGCCGGCCUACCGGCAACGCCUGAACCGCAGCGAGGUGGUCAGCUGCCUACCCGACGGCUCCACCGCUGGCGUCGUCCUCCAGCUGGACGGCAACUGGUACCUGGCCGUGGCGGCCACCUACUCGGCCGGCCGCUACGGGAACCAUCUGGGCUGCGAGCCUUCCCAGUCGGACGAGGCGACCGUCAUCACGGUGCGCAGCAUAGAGAACCUGGAGUCCAAGGAGGAGCUGGGCAUCAUCAAGCGCAAGGAGGAGCCUCUGCACUUCGUGGAUGCGCUCCAGUGGCGGGAUCACCUCUUCUUUCCCUACUACAGGUUGAAGGCCAGGUCGGGCGAGGACAUGGAGCCACCGAGCAUGGCUGUCCUGCGCCAACUGCGCCUCUCAGAGGGUGGCCUUACUAUGCAAGGGCACGUGUAUUUGGACUGCGGGUGCAGGAACCUCAUCGUUUCCUCCAGCCUCGUCCGCCAGGGUGAGCAGGGCUGGUGGGUGGGUGUUUUCCGACACAGCGCCAAGGCCUGGAACGCCACCGCUGUCCACAGCCACAGUGCCAAGGCCUGGAACGCCACAGCCGUCUGUAUCUUUGGGAUGGAGGAGAUGAAGGAGAAAGCCUGUACCUCUACGCACUUCAUGAAUGGGAAGAGCUGUGAGGCACGGUCAAUCAAGAAAUUACCUACCUUGAUUCACUCUGGAUUAGUGGCUGUUUAUGGCACAGUUGUUUUGAAUCAGAUAGUUCUCUUUUUGGGAACAGAUGAUGGACAGUUACUGAAGGCUAUUCUUAAUGAGGAUAUGGAAUCUAAUUGCCCAGAGGUUUUGUACGAAAUUAAGGAAGAAACCUCCAUUUUCCCAAAACUUCGACUUGAUCCAGUAAAUAGUAACUACAUCUAUCUGUCCUCUGCCAAUAAGGUGAGAAGAAUUCCAGUUGCAAAUUGUGGUAGAUAUGUUUCCCAGCAAGAAUGCUUAUCUGCAAAGGAUCCUUACUGUGGAUGGUGUUCUUUGAUUCGAAGGUGCACAUUAAAAGAAAAUUGUACACGUUCAAACAGCAUAAACAGUUGGUAUAACAUUUCACGUGCACCUGAAAAAGACUUGAAAAUCCUGCUGACUUUCCCUGGCAAAAAUCAGGUUGCUGUGACUGCAAGCAUAAGCAAAAUCCUUACUUUCUGUAUGGUAAAAAUUGUAAAACCUGUUGAAAUAUUUUAUGAAAAUGUAGUGCUGCAAAGCUCAUCCUGUCUCUGUAAUCUUACUACUCCAGUGAUAACUGAUAAAGAUUGUCUCAUUCUCGAAGCAUCGCUGUCCUCAAGCUCUUGGAAUAUCACACAAACAUUUCAGUUGAAAAACUGCUCACUGUGUAUACACAAGGGCGAGUGUGCCAGCUGUAAAAGGACACGUGUCUCUCCUGCCACCACCUGCCAGGAUAAUUGCAAUGCAGCUGCUUCCAAGGAGAUCACCACUGCGCAGGAAACAGAGCAUAUCAGCAUUCAUUCCAUUGAACCUUUGUGGAUUUCUACAUUAGGCAAAAGUGAAAUAACAGUCAAAGGAGAAAACUUUACACGUGCAUCAGGCAUAAAACUGAUACUGACUGGAAUGACGGGCUGUAAACCAGACAUCAUUAAAGUUAGAAAUGUGCUAAACGAUACACAAAUGACAUUUGCUCUCCCACCAACACGUAAAGAGGCCAAAAGUAUAUGUAUACAGGCUAAUGGGAAAAAAUGUUCACCACCAGUGACCCUGCAUUAUGUUUCACCACCAUCAUGCUUAGGAAUCACUCCAAAUACCUCCUGGAUCAGUGGUGGUCGCAAAAUUACUACGAUUGGUAGAAAUUUUAAUGUGGUGGACAGUGUGAUUAUUUCAGAUGACCAGAGAUCAAACCUUACCGUCUCUAGGUGUCCUGGAAAUGAAUCUCAGUAUCAUUACUUAACUCCAAGCCUAGGCCAUGCAACAGAGGGUAAAGUUGUAGAUAUGAUGUUGAAAGUGGAAACUACCUUUAUACCAUGUGUCAAAUUACACUAUCACCCUGACCCAGUCUUCAUUAACUAUCAGCUACAUACUGAGUUGGAUCCUGAUCUGGAAUUAAAAAUAUAUAAAGAAAAUGACAACUUGAAUAUUUCUAAAACUGAAGUGGAAGUUUACCUGUCGUAUAUGAAUGGUGCACAGACCAAAAAAAUAUGGUUCAGUGUCCAAAACAUUACCAAAAAACCAGAUCGUAGCACCAUACUGUGCAAGUACAAAAGGGAAGGGACAGACAAGAUUGAUUUUUCCACAGUGAAAGUUUUUGUCAAAUUAGGAAAUUUUGAGCACGAAGUCAAGCCAACAUCUUCACACAUAUAUUUAUAUGUUCUUAUUUUGCUGCCUAUUGUAGUGGGCGUCAUUAUAGCGGCAUUCAUAGUAACUAGAUACAAAUCCAAAGAGUUAACUCGUAAACAGAGUCAGCAACUCGAACUGCUGGAAUAUGAGAUUCGGAAGGAAAUACGCGAGGGAUUUGCUGAACUGCAGAUGGAUGAAUUAGAUGUGGUGGAUAGUUUUGGAACUGUUCCUUUCCUUGACUACAAACACUUUGCUCUUAGAACUUUCUUUCCAGAGUCAGGAGGCUUUGCAUCCAUCUUCAGUGAAGACGUGCCACAGAGCAGAGACCAAACGAGCAAGGAUGAAAGCUUCAACAUGUUGCAUGCUUUAAUUUGUAACAAGAACUUUCUUGUUACUCUCAUUCACACCCUUGAAAAGCAGAAAAAUUUCUCUGUGAAAGACAGGUGCUUGUUUGCAUCCUUCUUGACCAUUGCACUACAAACUAAGCUAGUUUAUCUAACCCAUAUUUUGGAAGUGUUAACAAAAGACUUGAUGGAACAAUCAAGCAACGUCCAGCCUAAGCUUCUGCUUAGACGAACCGAAUCUGUGGUAGAAAAAUUGCUGACAAACUGGAUGUCUGUCUGCCUUUCUGGAUUUCUCCGGGAGACAAUUGGUGAACCUUUCUAUUUGCUAGUGACAACCCUCAAUCAGAGGAUAAACAAAGGACCUGUUGAUGCCAUAACUUGCAAAGCUCUAUACACGCUUAAUGAAGACUGGCUGCUGUGGCAAGUGUCUGAAUUCAAAACAGUGACAGUGAAUAUUAUCUUUGAAAAAAUCCCAGAAAAUGAGAGUGGAGAUGCCUGUCAGACUAUCCAAGUUAAUGUUCUGGACUGUGACACCAUAGGCCAAGCCAAGGAGAAGAGCCUUCAGGCUUUCCUUAAUAAGAAUGGCUUUCUCUAUGGUCUUCAGCUGGAUGAAAUUGGUCUGGAACUCAUAUCUGAGGAGCAGCAAAGAGAGCUGUUAGAUAUUGAUGGUUCUUCAGAGGUGAUGGAGGAUGGGAUAAGGAAGCUAAAUACCAUUGGUCACUAUGAGAUUUCUAACGGAGCAACCAUAAAAGUCUUCAAAAAGAAGGCCAAUACCCGAUCAGAUGUGGACUACUCAGAUGAGCACUGUCAUUUGAUUUUACCAGACUCUGAAGCAAACAAGGAUGUGAAAGGAGCAGGCCACAAAGGAAAGCAAAAAUUCAAAGUGAAGGAAAUGUACCUGACAAAGCUUCUGUCAACCAAGGUUGCAAUUCAUGCAGUUGUCGAAAAGCUCUUCAGGAGCAUUUGGAGUUUACCCAACAAUAAAGCACCUGUUGCCAUCAAGUACUUUUUUGACUUUCUGGAUGCCCAGGCUGAGAGCAAAAAAAUUACUGACCCUGAUGUGGUCCAUAUAUGGAAAACCAACAGUCUUCCUCUUCGCUUCUGGGUGAACAUACUGAAGAAUCCCCAGUUUGUCUUUGAUAUUAAGAAGACUUCACAUAUAGAUGGCUGUUUGUCUGUAAUCGCACAAGCUUUCAUGGAUGCCUUUUCUCUAGCAGAACAGACACUAGGGAAGGAAGCACCGACAAAUAAACUUCUGUACGCCAAGGACAUUCCACUCUACAAGAAGGAGGUGAAAGCAUACUACAAAGCCAUCAGGGACCUGCCUCCAUUGACCACUUCAGAGCUUGAAGAAUUUCUAACUCAGGAAUCUAAGAAACAUGAAAAUGAAUUUAAUGAGAAAGUGGCCUUGAUUGAAAUCUACAGAUACAUAGUGAAAUACUAUGAUGAGAUUGUCAGCAAACUCGAGCGAGAACGGGGGUUUGAAGAAGUCCAGAAACAGCUCCAGCAAGUAAAAGCCUUAUUUGAUGAAAAGAAAAAAUGCAAAUGGCUUUGAGCAGAGCACUGACUCAGAGUGGCUGUGGGGGAUUUUCAAUAAGUGCUACUGCUCCCAAAACUGUUUUGACUGACUGUAUGUACAGGGUUUGAAACGUUUGGACACUCUUCUCCAAUCUGACCAUUCCAAGUAGUAUCUGCAUUUGGGAAUGAAGUACGGGCAGGGUUACAUAUUCUAACAUGGGCAUAUGAAAGCAAAAGUGAGCCUAGAGUUGGCAGGGCCAGCAUUUCGAGGUACUUGAGCACACAUCCUUUUUGGUUCAAAAAUACUGCCUGAGCAAGCUUUUUGCUUACUUUAAAACAAGCUUGCAGGAGAUGUGUAAACACAUUGCAAGUUCAGAAGUGCCCAUGUGAACUUUUAAGUUGCUUAGCUCUUUUUUCAAGAGAGAAAGCCAGUGUUCUGUCACAUCCUUUCAGCAGCCUCAGCAAACUGUGAGGAUGAGCUCCAGCUUCAAUUGCAGUUUCCUCCCUUCCAGACAAAGGUACACUGGUCCCUGUUCAGAAAACUAAAAAACAAGCAAAACAACACCAAGGUGACACUUAGAACAAAUGUGUUUAGCAGAAAAAAAAAUGGGUCUGCAGUUUGAAGUCCACAUGCCACAUGGCAGGACUUCUCUUUCUUAUGUUAGAAAUUCCACAUGCAUAGUGAAGCCACUGAGCAGGGGCUGGAGGCUUUUGGAGAAAGGCACUAGGCCGGCAUCAGUCUGUGUUUACAUUUCUACCUUUCCAUCCUUAAAUAAGCUGUGAAAGGCUUGUGAGCAACUUCACAGGUGAAACCUCUCCGUGCAGCUGCAGCUCAUCUGCACACCCUUGUGAUGUGAUGCAGCAGCUUCAGUGCACAAACCUGCACUCAGGUGCAUGAUCAGCCCAUGCAUCAGUGCUGACAGUCCUGGCAACCCAUGUACAAGGGCCUCACAAAUCUAAAGCCAGCAUUUGUUUCUUUAAUUUUUUUUUUAAGGUUGUUCACACAAAGGCUUUGUCUAAAAAGGGUAAGUUUAACACCAUGUCAGAAGGAGGGCUGGUGUAAUCUGUGUAUGAAGAACCGAUACAAGCAGUGGGUGUGGGUGUAACUGCUGCCUUAGUCCUGCCCAGGUGUCUGGAGGCUUGGCUCUUCUCAAAGGAGGGUGUCCAUGACAUUUGCAUUGGUGGCUAAAGUUAGCCCAGCUGGAAAGCAGGUGGCUUGUUGCUGAGAGGAGGCCGGUGCAGUGGCUACCGUGGAAAGCCAUAGAGGAGCAGCUGUGGCUCUGGUUCUGCUACCACGUCAGCAGAGCCCUGCCCUCCAGUACAGAGCUGAAAUGUUUUGUUGCCUUGGAGUCUGCUGCAGUCACACAGAGGCAGGUGCUGAGCCUGCAGCCUGCCUCUGGAUUUGAGGCAAGGCCUUGGUGAGAUGGAGAUACAUUUCCACACCUUUCCAGAAGGAUCCACCGCUGAAGUGAGUGGGGUACCACAGCGGCCCACAGGGGAGGGAAGAGCUGUUUACCUUGGCAGCAGCAAAGGUGCCACGAGCACAGGUGGCCCAUGCUUAGUACAGAAAGCUGGAGGGGCUGUCACCAGCCAAAAGCUCCUAGGCUGGGCUUCCAGGUGUCAGAAUGCUCAAGACAUGCAUUAAUGUGCAGCAGUGCUUCGGAGGAGCCUGGAGGUCAGUACUAAUGCUGAUGGGUUUGGCUGCAAAGGCUGCCAGAAGCUGGUACCAGGCACUGCCCCACUGCACACGUCCAGCUGGCAAGGCCACCUGUUAACCUGGGAAAAACUUAACACAAAAACAAGUUGCCUACUGGUCUGCCCCCUCCCUAACAUGUGAUUGCACAAACUGUACCUCCUGCAUAUCAGAGAGGGCAGCCACCAACCCAUACUGUGAUAGGGUUUUUUUGUUGGUUUGUUUGUUUUUUUUUUAAAUUCAAGUCUUACACUUGCUAUUAAGUUUACACUUUAUACUUGAUGGAAUGUAUGGCUUUGUUCAGGAAACUGCACUACGAUGUUGCAGUACUUUCAGCAGUUCUCUUCUCUGUGUGGCACAAUAUAUUGUGGUAAGUUUAAUUUUAAUUGGGAAAAAAAAAAACCCAAACCACCCCAACCCUAACCCGCCUUGCCCCCUGUCCUUUCUAAAGGAGUGGACUGUUGCUUGAGUAGCACUUAAUCUUAGACUACCUGUACUUAAGGGCUUGAUUUUUAUCAUUGUUAGCCUAACCUUUUUAAAGCAGCAUCAAAUAAAUUAAAAAAGCACAGUAAUUAAUAUUUAAAGGAGGGGCAUGAGCAGGUUACUCUUCCCAGUUAGGCAGAUGUCUCAGCAGUUCCGUGCCACUUCAGGUGUUUGCUGGCAGUGAAUUUGAGUGAACUGUGAUAAAUUUUGUUCAACAGUAACCUUCUGUACAGGCAGAAAAAGAAACCCCAACAUUUCUGCUUGAAAAGCUGUAAAAUAUAGUCUGUUUGCGUGGGUCUGAACCUGUGAACUUCACUAUAUGUGUUUAUAUGAUGAGGAACCGAAAAAUCAGUCCUAUUCUGUAUUUGUACUACUGCUUGUUUGCUACAAUAGCUUUAAUGAUUUCUAGAGAUUAAGUAUGUGUUGAAGCAGGCCAAGUAGCUUUAGCCUACAGCCUGGAAUAGGAUUAUUGCCUUUUAUUCAAGCCUCCUAAACAGCGUCACUCUGUUAGUAAACCAUUUAAAGUCAUGCUGAGACUUUGUAACCCAUCAAGUGAAUCUCACUAAGUGAUGUGAAGUAUAAUUAAGUGAUUGUGGCUCUUUUGGUAGGUUUGGGUCAGCACAAAAAACAUUGGCACACCUUCAGUAUCUGCAAUUCUGCUACUGUUACAGGGACAAAAAGAACCAUCUCUUGACUAAAGCUGUAUUACGGCAGCCCAGCAAUCCUUACAGCCUUCUCUGAAAUGAAAGCAAACUUCUCUUUAACUUAUUUCCACAUGUUUACAGGCAAACUGCUAUGGCAAACAGUAUAUUUUCUAACACUAGCUUACAGAGCAUUAUUUUGCAGUCAUCUAGUUUGAAGUCAAAUCUUACUAAUGUGUAAAGUAAUUCCUGUUGUACAGAAGUUAAGCUGUUGUUUAAAAUGGUUAAAAAAAAAAGUGAAAAUGACAAAUACAUGUUGGUGUUUGUAUGGGUUUAUCUAGAAUAAAAUGCAUUUGGAGGUUA